AUGAGUGAGCGGAAAGGCAACCACAUGGCGCGCCCGUAUUCUUCGUUCCGCAACUCACUCUCCAACCUCGCCCCCAUCGUUAUCGUUUGUUUAUUCAGUUUCCCGGUACAUUUUAAAUACGCCUUUGCCGACUACUCGGAGGAGACGGCGUUGUCUGCUUUAAACUUUUCCAAGGUUUCGUAUUGCAAUGCCGACCUCAUCCGUAAUUGGACCUGUGCGGCAUGUCGUAAUGAGUCUGCGUUCGUCUUGAAGGGGCUGUUUGAGAAUAAAACGGAGGGCACACUGGCGUUUGCAGGGACGAGCGAAGGUAAAAUUGUAGUAGCGUUCAGGGGUUCCCUGAAUAUCGCCAACUGGGUGGACGACAUAAAGUAUUGGGGGACUCCAUACCCCAACGCGAGCUGCGAAAAUUGUUUGGUUCACAGAGGCUUUUUCGAUGCUUUCGAGUCACUUAGGGCACAAGUACGGCAAGCGCUACAUGAGCUAAUUGUGUCGGAACCAAAUUUUCCAGUUCUCAUCACAGGACAUAGCCUUGGUGGAGCCCUCGCCCUCCUCACAGCUGUUGAUUUAAUGUCUUCCCCUCCAGUAGUGCCAUCACUUCAAGGUGGCAAUUACCCGUCAGUACAGCUCUAUACGUUUGGGAAGCCACGCGUAGGUAACCCUGCCUUUGUACAGUGGGUGAAAACAUUGUUCCGUAGCGGGAGCCAUGAGCCCUACCGCGCCGUGCACCGAAAGGACAUUGUUCCCCACCUUCCACCAUUGUUCAUGGGUUAUGUGCAUGCGCCACACGAACUGUGGUUUAAGUAUGAUGAUCCGUUGGAGUGCCUGAACUGCAGCGAUAUGGACGAUAUUAACUUUUCCACGGGAAGUGUAGGGGAGGACUAUUGUUGCAGUGACAGCUUGGAUUAUCCAUCUGUGGCGGAUCAUCUGAUGUAUCUCGGAGUUUGCACCGGAUGCGCAUGCGACGGUCCCACAACAGCAUCCAUCCCUGGCUUAAAUAUUUCGUGGGAAACGCGGCAAAUGUUGGCGAAGGACCGCGCAUAUGCGCAGAGGAAACGACCCAGGAAAUCGUGCUCGGUCCUCCGCGCUGUCGACAAGCCUGCGGACUGA